GCGUGCGUUUCACAUAACAAAACCCUAAAAUAAAAAACAGCACUAUUCAAUUCAACAAACUAACAAAGGAUUCUCAUUCAAAAAUCCAAAAACAAAACUAGUAAGAAUCUGGUCAAAAGAAGAAAAAAAUAACAAGGGGGGUUGUUGUGGAAAAAGAAACCUAAUGAGGGGGUUAAUAAAAAUAAAAAAAGUGGUGAAAGUCCAAUGUAUCCAUCCAUCAUAGUCAACAUCAUUACACACUCUCUCUUUCCAUUUUCUUAGUAUAAAAAGAGACUCUUGCGCAGCUCUCACAAUCCUCCUCUCUUCUCUCAUUUUCCCAUCCUCCAUAUCCCAAAUCCUUUCAUGAACCCUUUUCCUCUGUAAUUUCAUCACACCCCACAAUCUCUGAACCACAAACAAACAACCAUCCAUGGCUGGAAAAGAUUCCAUUUCUCUUGAGGAAAUCAAGAAUGAAACGGUUGAUCUGGAACGUAUCCCUGUCGAGGAAGUUUUCGAGCAACUGAAAUGUACCAAAGAAGGUUUGUCCUCGGAGGAAGGAGCCCAUCGGCUCGAAAUAUUUGGACCAAACAAGCUAGAGGAGAAAAAGGAGAGCAAACUUCUCAAGUUUCUUGGGUUCAUGUGGAAUCCUCUGUCAUGGGUUAUGGAGGCUGCCGCUUUGAUGGCAAUUGGUCUUGCAAAUGGUGACGGGAAGCCCCCGGAUUGGCAGGAUUUUGUCGGUAUUGUUUGCUUGUUGGUGAUCAACUCUACCAUCAGUUUUAUAGAGGAAAACAAUGCGGGUAAUGCCGCUGCGGCUCUUAUGGCUGGUCUUGCUCCCAAGACAAAGGUUCUUAGGGAUGGUAAAUGGAGUGAGCAAGAAGCUGCAAUUCUAGUCCCUGGAGAUAUCAUUAGCAUCAAGCUAGGUGAUAUUGUUCCAGCUGAUGCUCGUCUUCUCGAAGGUGAUCCUUUAAAGAUUGAUCAGUCUGCUUUGACUGGAGAAUCACUUCCUGUGACUAAACAUCCUGGGCAAGAAGUUUACUCUGGCUCAACUUGUAAACAAGGUGAAAUUGAAGCUGUUGUCAUUGCAACUGGUGUCCACACUUUUUUCGGGAAAGCAGCUCAUCUUGUGGACAACACCAACCAAGUUGGACAUUUCCAGAAGGUGCUUACAGCAAUUGGAAACUUCUGUAUCUGUUCCAUUGCAGUUGGUAUGUUGGCUGAGAUCAUAGUCAUGUACCCUAUUCAACACCGAAAGUACAGAGACGGAAUUGACAACCUUUUGGUCCUUUUGAUCGGAGGAAUUCCCAUCGCCAUGCCCACGGUGUUGUCCGUAACAAUGGCCAUUGGUUCACACAGGCUUUCUCAACAAGGAGCUAUUACCAAACGUAUGACUGCUAUUGAAGAAAUGGCUGGUAUGGAUGUACUUUGCAGUGACAAGACGGGUACACUCACACUUAACAAGUUGAGUGUUGACAAGAACUUGAUUGAGGUCUUUGAAAAGGGUGUGGACAAGGAACAUGUUAUGCUUCUUGCUGCAAGGGCUUCCAGGAUUGAAAACCAGGAUGCAAUAGAUGCCGCCAUUGUUGGAACUCUAGCUGACCCAAAAGAGGCAAGGGCUGGGGUAAGAGAAGUCCACUUUUUACCCUUCAACCCCGUUGAUAAGAGAACUGCCUUGACUUACAUUGAUGGCAAUGGGAAUUGGCACCGGGCAAGCAAAGGUGCUCCAGAGCAGAUCAUGGAGCUGUGUAAACUUAGGGAAGAUACAAAGAGGAACAUCCAUGCUAUUAUUGACAAGUUUGCAGAGAGAGGUCUUCGUUCUCUUGCUGUUUCUAGACAGGAAGUUCCUGAGAAAACUAAAGAAAGCCCCGGUGCUCCUUGGCAGUUUGUUGGUUUGCUGUCACUUUUUGACCCACCUAGGCAUGACAGUGCUGAAACUAUUCGCAGAGCACUUCAUCUUGGUGUCAAUGUUAAAAUGAUUACUGGUGAUCAACUUGCCAUAGCAAAGGAGACUGGCCGAAGACUUGGGAUGGGAACUAACAUGUAUCCAUCUUCUACCUUGCUUGGUCAAGACAAAGAUGCAAAUAUUGCCGCAAUUCCAGUUGAAGAGCUGAUCGAGAAGGCAGAUGGAUUUGCUGGAGUAUUUCCAGAGCACAAAUAUGAAAUUGUAAAGAAGUUGCAAGAAAGGAAGCACAUUUGUGGAAUGACCGGUGAUGGUGUCAACGAUGCUCCAGCUUUGAAAAGGGCUGACAUUGGUAUUGCUGUUGCUGAUGCUACGGAUGCUGCAAGGGGUGCUUCUGAUAUUGUCUUGACAGAACCUGGAUUGAGUGUUAUCAUCAGUGCAGUCUUAACCAGUAGAGCUAUUUUCCAAAGAAUGAAAAACUACACGAUCUAUGCAGUAUCUAUCACUAUUCGUAUAGUGUUUGGCUUCAUGUUCAUUGCAUUGAUCUGGAAGUUUGACUUCUCUCCUUUCAUGGUCUUGAUUAUUGCCAUUCUUAAUGAUGGAACAAUCAUGACAAUUUCCAAAGAUAGGGUGGUGCCAUCUCCAUUGCCUGAUAGCUGGAAACUAAAGGAGAUAUUUGCUACUGGGAUUGUUCUUGGAGGGUAUUUAGCCCUGAUGACUGUAAUCUUCUUCUGGGCAAUGAAAGAAAACAAAUUCUUCCCUGACAAAUUUGGAGUUAGACACUUGAAUCAUGAUGAAAUGAUGUCUGCUUUGUAUCUACAAGUCAGUAUUGUUAGCCAGGCUCUGAUCUUUGUGACUCGUUCCCGUGGUUGGUCGUUUCUUGAACGCCCCGGAGCUCUAUUAGUUAUUGCUUUCCUCAUUGCUCAACUGAUUGCUACAUUAAUAGCAGUAUAUGCUAACUGGGGAUUCGCAAAGGUACAAGGAAUUGGUUGGGGUUGGGCAGGAGUAAUUUGGCUCUACAGUGUUGUCUUCUAUAUUCCCCUUGAUGUGAUGAAGUUUGCCAUCCGCUACAUAUUGAGUGGCAAGGCUUGGAUGAAUAUGCUAGAAAACAAGACUGCGUUCACCACCAAGAAAGACUAUGGAAAAGAAGAGAGGGAAGCUCAGUGGGCACUUGCUCAGAGGACUCUACAUGGACUUCAACCACCAGAAGCUUCUGGCAUUUUCAAUGAGAAGAGCAGUUACAGAGAACUGUCCGAGAUUGCUGAGCAGGCAAAGAGAAGAGCCGAAGUUGCAAGGCUUCGUGAGCUUCACACACUCAAAGGACAUGUUGAAUCUGUGGUGAAGCUGAAAGGUUUGGACAUUGAUACUAUCCAGCAGCACUACACCGUGUAAGAAGCUCUCUAAAAUUGUAGAUACCAGAAAAUGGCCAAAGUUGAACAUGAUGAUAAGUGAAUGAAAGCAAUAAAGAGAAGGCCUAUAACUACUACUUUAGGGCUUACCAGGAAUUGGAGAGGAGAAUGUGAACCAUUUGAUGAUAUAUUAGCUUAGUUUUUUCCUGUGUACUUUUAAGUUCUGCCUAAAUGGAUAGUAUUUGCCUUCUUUUAACUUCAUUUUCCUUAUAUUUUCUUUAAGCUCUCUAGUUUCAGUCCUUGAUUUUCCCAUGCUUGUUUUUCAUAUGGUUUUGGGGGCUUCCUCAUUUUAAUUAUUGUAUGCCACAUUUAGAUGGCAGACAUCAGAUGAUGUCGAUAUUGGAAUUUUUUAAGGUGGGUGAAUAAACUGGUUUUGUAUGGUUUUAA